AUGGAGGAGCUGGCCUCCAUUGCCGCCGGGGGCCUCUCUCCCGAGGAGGCUCGACGUGUGAGGGAACAACAAUCACAAAGGUUAUCGGAGAAGAUUGAGCGCCGCAGGGCAUAUGUAAAGAAGACUAUGAAGACGCUGCGGCAUUACAAGGUCGUGAUAGCCGCUCGCCUUGAGAAGCGUCAGGCACAAAUGCUGGAAUGGAAGAAUGAAGUAGAUAUGGUGAUGGCUGACUAUCGUGCCGAUUGCCGUAAGCUUGCUGAGGAGGAUGCGAAGGAGUUACAUGAAUUUUACCUUUGGGCAAAAGAUGAAAUAGUUAAGUGCGCGAAGACAGCAGCAGAACGUGCACCUGUCGAAGAUAAUUCAGCUAUCCUUAGAGCGAUAAACACCAUGCUAAAAAAUUGCUAG